UAUAGCCAAGAUCAUGGGGCUAUCAAACAUGAAAUCCUUGAUCCUCUGUGUGCUCAUCAUUCACAUGGUGGCGUUGAACCAUGGAGUCACAGCAAAUAACAAAUUUAUUGACCCUGGAGUUCUUGAUCCUUGCCAAAGACCAGGUGGACCGCACCCGGGUUGUCAUCCUAAUAACAACAACGGUGAGCCAAAGCCUGCUAAUCCUUAUAGCCGCGGUUGCUCAAAAGUUACCCGUUGUCGAUCAGAUCCACAGUGAUGGUGACUAUAAAUUUUUUAUCUAAGAGUGUGCUAAGUUAUAUUGAUUAAGGUCGACGCAUUUCAAUAAACUGACCUCAGUGCUGUAGGUAUUUGAGGGAUGGAAAGAAGUUAUGAAUAAGUAAUAGUUUUGAGUCUUGUGAGUAAGGGAAUGUCCUUAAUCUAUAUACUUCUUUGUUUGUUUCCUAUAUAUAUAUGUACAGUUG